AGAUUUGACAAUAAGGACCAACUUGACUGAACCAUAAAAUAUUAAAACAUUGGUAAUUCUACGAUCCACAUGUUCAAGGAGGAAGAUAACUUUGUUUCAAAGAAUUCAUAUUUCAUAUAAGAAAUUGUGAGUGACGUCAUCAUUCCCCUCAUUUGCAUACCGACCAGGAUGUCCAUAUACCGGAUGGAGACUAAGUGUGAAGUGGAGACUCCAGAUUUUUCUCAUCUUAAGCCUGCUGACUUUGAACAUGUGUAUGAGCCAGCUGAAGAUACAUUUCUUUUAUUAGAUGGUCUCCAAAAAGAAGCAGCUUUUAUUCGGCAAUUGCAGCCAUCCAUCUGUGUGGAAGUUGGAUGUGGCUCAGGUAUUAUCAUUUCUGCUCUUUCAAAACUUAUCAACCAGUCAGCAUUAUGCAUUGCUACAGAUAGGAAUCCGUAUGCUACACACUGUACUAAAAGGACUGCCCAAUUAAAUUUAUGUCAAGUUGAAGUCAUGAACUGUGACCUUUUGACCCCCCUCGAACGAAGGCUUCAAGGGUCAGUGGACAUUCUUAUAUUCAAUCCUCCUUACGUGGUGACUCCUUCCAAUGAGAUGAAAAGCAGUGGCAUUGAAGCUUCGUGGGCAGGUGGAGCAGAUGGACGUGAAGUUACAGAUAGACUUCUUCCACUUGUACCGAACCUACUCUCACAGCAGGGAGUUAUGUAUCUUGUAGCCAUCAGAGAGAACAAGCCAGAGGAGUUGAUGACUUGGAUGUCUUCAUUGGGCUUGGACUCAUCUGUGGUCCUCACAAGAAGAGCUGGUCCUGAACAUCUUUAUAUCCUCAAGUUUUACAGAGAUUCGUCAGUGAGAUGAGUUUGGUUUCUUUUCAGAGAUUGUACAAGUUGAGAAAUUCCAAGCCUCUACAUCUCUGGCAUUAUCUGUCAGUGUCAGGUGUACCUCACAAGUAUAGACUUUACAGAGUUCAGACCUUCUUGCAUGCAAGGGCUUGUGCCUUGAGACAAGUCAUCACUUUCCAUCUUACAUGGAUGAACACAAGAUAGGAUGGAACCCAGGCAUGCUUGAGAAGAGCGACUUCAGAGACAUUCUUGUAAGAGUAAAGUUUAGAUUUUCUAUUGCGCACCAACAUCAGUGGAUACCUUGUGUAUUGCAUGGCAUAUGCCCUUUAUAGCCUUCUAGAGUAAAAAAAAAAAACACACACACACACACCAAAAAUUACUGUAUUAUCUCCUAGUAACAGAAUGAUUGCAAGGUUUUACCCUGAACCUUAUCUAUUGAUCUCAUUAUUAGGGACCCAACUCUUGGGAAGAUGUUCAAAUGCUAGAAACAAAACAAGAAAUAAUAAAUCUCUAGUUUUUAAACAUUUAUCUAUGGUAAUGAAUAAUAUGUAUGCCAAUUUUCACCUCAAAAAAUUAUUUGACACACAUGGUUGAAUUCAAGGUCAAAGGUCGUAGUAAAGGUCUAAAGGUGAAUGUAUUCAAACUCGCUCUUCUUCCUUUCCAAUGAUGCCACUUACAUAAAAAUACCGCACAUUUUUACAGAGAACGCCAAAAAAGGGCGUGAGAACCAUAAGGCACACAGCGCUAAAAAUUAAAAUAUCAGCUUUUAUGUCAAUUACCCUAUAUUGCAAAUGUGACCAAUUUUUUGGAGUUUGUACGAUGAAAUUAAAAAUUUAUUUGGGGUGAUUUAACAUGGAAUGACCCCUCAAGGGAAAAGGUGUUGGAAAGAGAGAACCACAAAUUCCUCAUAAUUACUGAACAAAUGGAAAAAAAUUUCCCUACCAUCUUUCGCAAUCUAUGUAUCAAAUAGCCUGUCUGAUAUUUACAAUCUUUAGUAGUGAUAUAGUUUGUCGAGCGGUCAUAACCUUACGAUUCCUUAUCUGAGAUCUUUCAAACUUUCAAAGUUCUGUUAUUAUUGUUCUUUCAUGCAAAUUACUUCAUUACCCAGGUUUCAUUCUCCCAAGCUGCCUAUGUGCAUCAUUCACGUGAAGCCCACAGAGAGAAAAAAAGGCUGGCACAUUUUUUAUUAAAAACCAAAAUUUAAUAUGUUUGCUGCUGCUCCUUAAUUUGUUCUUGUUUUGCAAUCGGUCAUAAUUGACUUUUUUUUGUUACACACUAUAUAAGCAAGAUAAAUAAUCUUCAUUGCUGCUUCAUAGAUAAUUAUGGUCUUGAAGUGUGAAAAUCCUUUUACGUGGUAUUUUUUUAAUAAACAUGAACUAUCUGUAAAAAA